GCCUGCGCACAUAGGAGCGAGAGGGGCAGUGGUCAUGGGGGAGCCGGAGCCGGAGUCCGAGCAGAUCCGUCUGAAGUGCAUCCCUGGGACGAUGCCGAAGCGUGAAAGAGUUUGAGAAGCUGAACCGCAUUGGAGAAGGCACUUAUGGCAUCGUGUAUCGGGCCCGGGACACCCAGACGGAUGAGGUUGUGGCCCUAAAGAAGGUGCGGAUGGACAAGGAGAAGGACGGGAUCCCUAUCAGUAGUCUGCGGGAGAUCACACUGCUCCUGCGCCUCCGCCACCCCAACAUCGUGGAGCUGAAGGAGGUGGUUGUGGGAAACCAUCUGGAGAGGUGUGCUACCCCACACUCCUGCCCCUGCUCUGCAUCAGGUCCCCUGCUAACCCCACCCUACCCCAGCCUCCUGGUCUCCCUCUGCCUCAAGAUGCCCCCUGCCCACUUCUUCCUCUCCCUUCAGCCUAGAAAGGCCCUUCGCCCAUGUAGGGCAGGGUGGGAGGUGGCAUGCACUCCUUUUCUUCCAGCAUCUUCCUUGUGAUGGGUUACUGUGAGCAGGAUCUGGCCAGCCUCCUAGAGAACAUGCCGACACCCUUCUCAGAGGCCCAGGUCAAGUGCAUCACCCUGCAGGUGCUCAGGGGCCUUCAGUACCUGCAUAGGAACUUUGUCAUCCACAGGGACCUGAAGGUCUCCAAUCUGCUCAUGACAGACAAGGGCUGUGUGAAGACAGCGGACUUUGGGUUGGCCCGGGCCUAUGGUGUCCCUGUAAAGCCAAUGACUCCUAAGGUGGUCACCCUGUGGUACCGAGCCCCCGAGCUGCUGCUAGGAACCCCCACACAGACCACCAGUAUUGACAUGUGGGCCGUGGGCUGCGUCCUGGCUGAGCUACUGGCCCACAAGCCGCUUCUCCCGGGCUCAUCUGAGAUCCACCAGAUUGACCUUAUUGUGCAGCUGUUGGGGACGCCCAGCGAGAAUAUCUGGCCGGUGGGUACCAGAGCCAGUCCACCCACCUUCCCCACCUGUCGGGUCUACCUGCCAUACAGGUCCUCCACCCACUGCCGGGCCCAUCUGAUGCCCACCCCUUCCUCUGCCCACCCGCUGCCGGGCCCACUGUCAGCCCCCGCCUUCCCCAACCCCCAGGGCUUCUCGAAGCUGCCGCUAGCCAGCCAGUACAGCCUGAGGAAGCAGCCCUACAACAACCUCAAGCACAAGUUCCCGUGGCUCUCGGAGGCUGGGCUGCGCCUGCUCAAUUUCCUCUUCAUGUAUGACCCCAAGAAGAGGGCGACUGCUGGGGACUGCCUGGAGAGCUCCUACUUCAAGGAGAAGCCCCUGCCCUGCGAGCCGGAGCUCAUGCCCACCUUCCCCCACCACCGCAACAAGCGGGCUGCCUCCGCCGCUGAGGGUCCAAGCAAGCGUGGCAGGCUCUGAUGGGUCAGAGCCCAGGACCAUCUCUGAGCAUAAUGGGCUAAACAGGUGAAGGGAGCAGUUUUCACCCUGACUUUGGCCUCAGUGCAGCAGGAAAGCCCCUGCAGCCCUGAGGUGUGGACAAGAGGUCCAGGCUGGG